CGGAAACAUCGAAAUAUUUUUUCGUGGUGAAUAUAGUACAGGAAUACUUCAUAUGACUCGUUAUCAUUUGAUUUUUUCAGGCAAUAAGCCUUUUCGUGAGAUUUGGAUUGGAUAUCCUAUGGUUGAAAGAGUGGAAAAAAAGAGAUUUUAUGGGUCUAAAACAUCUUUAUAUAUAUAUUGCCGUGAUUUUAGAUUUAUUACGUUUUAUUUUUUUAGUGAAUAUGAUGCACAAGCAAUUUAUGAGAGGAUUCAGAAAUAUACAUAUAUGGGUAGAAUAGAUGAUAGUUGAUAAAAAAAGAUAAAUAAAAUGACUGUAUUAGUGUCUAUUCGUGAUGUCUAUGCAUUCGUUUAUAAGCCUGGAAAAGCAGAAGCUUCGUUUAAUGGAUGGACACUUUAUCAGCCAAUUAAGGAAUUUGAACGACAAGGAGUUGGUAUUCGGACAAAAGAAUGGCGUAUAACAAAUAUUAAUAAGAAUUAUUUGCUUUGUUCUACUUAUCCGUCUAUACUUGUAGUACCGUCAAAAAUAAGUGAUACCGUGAUUUGGUAUGCAUCCAAGUUUAGGUCUAAAGGGAGAUUUCCAGUAUUGACUUAUAUUCAUCCUUCUAAUAAUUGCAGUAUUACAAGAUCAUCUCAACCAAUGGUUGGUAUUAAACACAACCGUUCUUUACAAGACGAAUAUUUGAUUUCAGCUAUAUUUGAAACAACUUCUUCGCAAAAUACUUUAAAAUCUAGUAAAAGCUAUGGGUUAUCUAUGAGAAAUAAUUUAGUUGUUGAUGCACGUCCAACAGCAAAUGCCAUGGUAAAUGUUGCAGUAGGCGCAGGUACGGAGAAUAUGGAAAAUUAUAAAGGAGCAAAGAAAGUGUAUUUGGGAAUAGAUAAUAUUCAUGUUAUGCGCGAUAGUCUUGCACGUGUUAUGGAAGCCUUAAAAAAUUCUAAUAUGGCAUCUUCACCUCCUGAUCCUAAUCUUUUGGUGAAAUCUAAUUGGCUUAAAUAUUUGGCUAUAAUUUUAGAGGGGACUGUUUUUAUAGCACGUGCUAUCCAUAUAGAUUAUUCCCAUGUUCUUAUACAUUGUUCAGAUGGAUGGGACAGAACAAGUCAAUUAAGUUCUCUUGCCCAGUUAUGUCUAGAUCCUUAUUAUCGUACUCUUGAAGGAUUUAUGGUAUUGAUAGAGAAGGAUUGGUUAUCGUUUGGAUAUCGUUUUGCCUCACGUUUAGGUCAUCUUUUUAAUGAAAAAUGUUUUUCUACAUCUAGUAAUUCAUCUUUUUCUUCUAAAAGUGUGACAAGUCAUUUUGUUCAGCAAAUAUUUUCAAGUAUGCAAUCAAAGUUUUUGGAAAUUAAUAAACAUUAUCGAUCUAAAGAUAUAAGUCCAAUAUUCCAUCAGUUUCUUGAUUGUACGUAUCAGAUACUUCAUCAAUUUUCAGAUAGAUUUGAAUUUAAUGAACGUUUUCUUCGAAAACUUUUUUAUCAUACAUAUUCCUGUCAGUAUGGCUCGUUUCUUUAUAACAAUGAAAAGGAAAGAAUAGCUGCAAAUGUACACGAAAAUACUCGGUCUGUUUGGGAUUAUUUUUUAUCUCGUAAAGAAAAGUUUCUUAAUAAUAAUUAUAAUCCUUCCCUUGACCAUGGUUCUUUAUCUAUUAUAUUUCCUGAUACUACAGCUAUUGUUUGGUGGUCUUCUAUUUUUGGUUGUUCUGAAAACGAAAUGAAUAUGCUUCCUCCUCUUUGAGAUUUCUAUUCAAGA